AUGAAUGAAACAUAUUAAAGUCUGGUUUAAUAAUAUAUUGAAAAAUUGAAAAAGGUGCUUCCCUAAAAAGUAAACUAUUAUAAAGAGACCCUCUCAAAAUUCUAUGGAUAAGAUAAAUCGUAUUUUGGAGAUCAUAUCAUUGCUUUUAAAUAGGGAAUGCAAAUAAAAUAAAGUAAAAUUAAAGAAUUGACUUUAACAACGCUAAUUGUAUAUUUUAAUUACAUUUUAGAACUUAGUAUCAAAAGGGUAUAUUGAUGGAAACUUAAUUGAUAAUACAAAAAACUUUUAAUAUUUUGAGACAAUAGAAAUAACAGAUGCUACAGGGAAAAAAAAAGAAUAAUCGAUUAAUGUGAUAGAAUCACUAAUACUUCUGGUUUAAUAAUGCUUGGUCGAAAAGGAUGAAAUAAUUUCGUUAGCAUUAAAAUUGUUAAUAUCGCUUGUAACAAACCCAUUUUGUAAUAUGUAAUAACACGAGCUAACAAAAAUUAUUAAAACAGUUGUGUAUGUUUAUGCAUAAUCAAAAUCGUAAAAUAUUGAUAGGUUAUGCAAAAGCAUAUUCUUAUAGAUUAUUUUGAUAACAUUUUAAGGAACUAAUUGUGAAAGCAUAGUGAAAAUAACUAUGGAUAAUAUUAUAAAUAGAGUUUCAGAUAAUAAAUUAUGCUAAUAUUGUGGAAAACAAGGUAAGUUUGAAUGUAGACAGUAUAAAGUAACAGUGUGUUCUUAUGGAUGUAAGAAGAAUAUUUAAGAGAAACUAGAAUUAUAAUAGAAAAAUUAUGAAAAUGCAUAAAAUGUUUUUGAUUUGUUAAUUAGACUUCUAUCUCCUAAAUAAUAAUUUUAAUAGUAAAGAAAUUAAAUAAUUUUACUAGAGGGAAUUUAUUUCAUAUGUGAUAAUUACGAUUUCUGUGUGGAGAGUAAAAUUUUAUACAAUCUAAGUUCAUACUUGUUGAAAUUCUGUUUAUAAAACGAAUAGUAAUUGUAUUCUUUAAGUUUUAAAAUCUUUUAAAGAUUAGCAUUUAGUAAACAUAAAGAAAUGAUCAAUUAAAUAAAUAUCUUUAUUAAUCAAAUUUAUCUCAGUGUUCUCGAAAACAAAAACACUACUGAUUAACAUAAGUAAACAACUUUAGAAUCGUUGUGGAAUAUAUUUCAAAGAAAGCACGCUUCUCUUGAAUUCUAUUUGAAUUACGAUUGCAGCAUAAAACAUGAAUUCUUAAUGGAAAAUAUUAUCAAUACAUUGCACGUUAUCUUUUAAUAAAAUGAAUAAUUCCAUCCAUUGAUUACACAAAUAUAUUAAGCAAUAAUUAUGGGCAUAGAAUAAACCUUUAAUGAAAAAGCAAUUAGUAAUUCCUAAUAAGAGUAGUAAUAGCCUUAGGAUGUUGAUGAAACUGUAUUUAUCAACUAAUUAGAAAUGCAAAGACAACAAAAGUAGGAAAUAUAAAAAGGAGUAGAGCUUUUUAAAAAGAAUCCUGAGAAGGGAGUUUCAUUUUUUUUAAAGGCAAAUAUACUAUAAAAUGAUCCAACUUCGAUUGCUAAAUUUUUACUUGAGAACAAAAGUUUAUCAAAGGAAUCUGUAGGUUAAUAUCUUGGUGGCCAUCAUCCAAUCAACAUCUAAGUUUUGAGCGAAUAUACUAAUUUUUUAACAUUUAAUAAUUUGUCUGUCGAAUAAGCCUUAAGAUAAUAUUUGGAUUUGUUUACUUUACCACCUGAAUCAUAGUAGAUUGAUAGAGUUGUAUAGAAAUUUGCAGAUAAAUUCUAUGAGGACAACUAAAACAAUUAGGGUUUCCACUUUAAAUCUAGCAGUAGCAUUUAUACUUUCACAUAUCUCUUGGUCAUGUUAUAAACAGAUUUGCAUAAUCCUAAGGUUGUUGAAAAAAUGAAAUUAACCGACUUCAUCAAGUUGGCUAGACAAAUAAAUGAUGGCGAAGAUUUGCCUCAAGAGUAUCUUACGAUUACUUAUAAUUCAAUUUAAAAGAAUCCACUUGCUGUUAGAGAAUCAAAUACAUCGAUGAAUCCACUUACACCCAACUAAUAUUAAAAGUAGAUGGAAGAACUCUUAAAGAAGAUUAAGGAUUUAAUCAAAAGAUAAUCAGAUUCUAACUAUAUAUAAAUAGAUUAAGAAACCAUAUUAUUAUCAAAGGGCUUGCUUGAAUCAUUUUCUGGCAAAUUCCUAGAAAUUCUUUUAGUUACUUUUGAAAAUACUCCUAAUGGCGAUGCUAUAAUCAAAAGUAUCCUGUAAUUAAUUAGAUUGUCCUCAAAGUUAUCUAUGAAAAUAGAGAAUCUAGUUUAAGAUGUUGUUAAGGUUGGCUUAAAUAGUUUAAAAAAAGGAAAUGGUAUGUUAAUGAUUGGCUUAUUGUCUAUAAUUCCGAUAAUUGGUAAUUCAUUACAUGAAUAAGGAUGGAAAUGUGUAUUAGAGGCAGUAAGUUUAAUGGAUGAAUUAAGAUAGUUAGAUUCUGAUCACACAGAUAAAGUCUUUAUGAGUUCCAAAGAUUUAGAUAACUCAUCUAUUGAAGAAUUUAUUAUUCAACUAUGCUAAUUAUCAAAAUAAGAAAUCUUUAAUAAGCAUCGCAUAUAUUCUCUACAAAAGCUUGUUGAAGUUAGUGAUUACAAUAUGGAUAGAGUCAAAGUCAUAUGGAACAGAUUAUGGUCUAUUGUAAGUUCGCAUAUUUAAGAAGCAGUUGCAUUUAGAGUUAAAUCAAUUACUAUUUUCGCUGUUGACUCAUUAAAAUAACUUAAUAUUAAAUUCUUAAUGAAAGAAGAAUUGUACAAUAUUCAAUUUCAAAGAGAGGUCUUAAAACCAUUUGAAAUAAUAUAUUUAAAUAGUGAUGCUGAUGAAAAAGAAUUUGUAUUACUAUGUGUUAAGUAAAUCCUUUAAAAUAGUAAGACCUACAUAAAAAGUGGAUAUAAGGUUAUAUUUAAUCUAAUUAAUCUUGGAUUGAAAGAGGAGAAUGACACAAUAUCUAAGUUAGCAUUUGAUCUCUUAAAAUUCAUAGAAAUAUAAGAAUUGAUAUUGAUUGAUUUGAUUCAAACCUAUUAGAUUUUAGGUAAAAAGGAUAAUGAAUAUAUGGCAAUUAAUUCAAUUGAGUUUGUAAAGCAAUGCUAGCGCUUUAUGAUAACAUAAGAGUAAUAAACAUUAUAAGUUCCUCUAUUAGGAAUCUUAUCGAAUUUGGCAGGUGAUAAAAGAAUUCAAAUUUAAACCCAAGCUGUGGAAACGUUAUUUUAUAUUUUAGAAGAGAAAGGCAGUUUAUUCAAUGAAGAAUAUUGGAUAAUGAUAUUUUCAUCGGUAUUAAGACCUAUAUUUGAUGAAAUUUAAUUUACUUUAAGUUAAAAUCCAGAGCUCAAUUAAUAUUGGUUUAAGGAUAGUUGCCAAAAGGUAUUUCAAAAUAUUUCAAGUUUAAUAAAGAAACAUUACACUAAGUUAAAAGGAUAAUUGCCAGAUUUUCUAAAACUAUUUUAGAAUUGCAUUCAAAAUCAAAAUGAAAAAUUAGCAUAGUUAAGUAUUUAGGCUUUUAAAACUAUGAUCAUGGAUAAAGGACUAUAAUUUGAACAAAAAGAUUGGGAAUAGAUAUUGUUAUUUAUUUAAUAAAUGCUAAAAUACACAAUACCAACUAAACUUAAAGAUAUUGAUUAAACAACAAUUAAAUAAGAAUAGCAGUUCAAUGGGAAAUUGAAGAAGCAAAAGUCAUUUUAAGGUGUCACUAAUAAUAUUAUUAAUGAGUGCUAUAGUUAGUGUGCUUCCUAAUUACUAUUAAUUUAAACUAGUAAGGAUAUAUGCGAUCUUUAUCAUUAGAAUUGGAAUUUAAAUUAAUUGGAUAAUUUAGAGAAGACCUUUUACGAAUCAUAUCAAUUUGCCAAAAACUUUAAUCAAUAGAUAGAAUAAAGGUAUAAUAUUUGGAAGUCUGGAUUUAUGCAGGAUAUGAAUGUUUUACCUGGUUUACUCAGACAAGAGAGAGAGGCAUUUUCUUGUAUGAUUAUGGUUAUAUAAUUUAAAAUGAAGAUGUUAAAAUAAGAAUAGUAAUAAUAAGAAAAAGAAGAGUAAUCAUAAGAAUAAACAUAAGAAUAAUUAAUUAAGGAAUAGUAACUGAGAGAACAAUAUUAGAUAGUUCUAAAUAAAUAUUUAUAGAUUUUGUUGGACUCUAUUAAGUAAUUUAAUUCUAAGCAUAUUUAAUUUGUGAAUCAAUAAUAGGAAGUUGGUGAUGAUGAUCCUCUUAUUAAAAUAAAAUAAUAUGAGACAGAAAGAGACAUGUAGAAUCUCAGAACUCUCUUGGAUGUUUCUAUUUUGCCAAAAAUUCUAUUGCUGAGUGAUGAGGAGGUAGUAUGAUUUAUUAAUUUAGAUCAAAAUAAAAUUAAGUGAAUUUUAUGAAUAAUUACUGAAUGCAUGUAGUUAUGUUAGUGAAUACUCUAUUUUAUAAAUGAGCUGUUAGGAAUGUAAGAAAUGUGGUAGAUGCUUGAGUUAAUAGAAAAAUAAUUUAUUUUUUCAAAUUAAGAAAUGCUUACUAAAAUUGUUUGAGUUAAAAUGA